AAUUAUUUUACUGUCAACAUCAGUCAUAAUUCAAUUUUCUUUCUGUACGCACGGGCUAUACCAAAUGAUUGCAAUCUAAUCUUUCGGAAUUUACUUUCCUUCUUCAAUAAUAAUUUUUUAAGAUUAUUUUCUGCCUUGAUAAACCCAAAACAACUGGAAAAUCGUUUAGCACCUUGGUGGUGGAGAAAAACUGUAAAAAGCUGAAUUCAUUAUAUUUUUGAGAUUCUAAAACCAUAAUGGUUCGGGUUUUACCCUCAAGUGCUAUUAUCUUUUUGAAGUUGCUAUUAACAUCGGCGUGGGAAUUUGAUUAUAAUCAUAAAUUGACUGAAAAACAUACUGUUGUGCGACGUCAUGUAAACAGUGAAUACACAACAAUUGUCAAUUUCUGGCAAGAUCACAAAAAAGAGCUCGUUUUGACCGGGAAACAUGAAGAAGUAGUCUUGGUGAUGGGAAACACUGGGUCUGGAAAAACGACGCUGGUAUCUGCUCUAGUUGGACGUAAAUUGAGGGCAAUUAACCAAAACGGAUAUCGAGUGAUUGUCGACGAUGAAGAUAGAAUUGGAACAGGUUCAUCAUCCAAAACCUUAAUUCCUGAAACAAUGAUUGAUAUUAAAAACCAAAUAACGUAUGUAGACUGUGCAGGAUUUCGUGAUAAUCGAAAUCUUGAAUAUGAAAUAUCUUCAAUAUAUUUUCAAAACAUUCUAAUGAAUCGGGUUAAAAAGGUAAAAUUUAUAUUCGUAAUUAAUUACGAGUCGCUAAAGAACAAUGGCAACAAAAAUGAUUUUGACGAUUUAUUUGAACAUAUCGGUGAAUUUAUUAAAAAUAUUUCGAAAUUCCAUGACGGAAUAGCACUGGUGGCUACAAAAGUUGAAAACAUGUAUGAUCAGUCUGAUGAUGGUACAUUUUAUUUGGUUAAUGACAAUCAAUCUGUUUUAGAGGGUAUUGGUAAUUAUUUAAAAGACAAAAGAGAAACGUAUCGCAAAAAAACAGAUAACCUCGAAAAGUAUAAAAUGUUUGUGGACUUGAUCGAUGUUUUAUUACAAAAAAACAACAAUUCUUAUACAAAACUUGCAAUUUUUCGACAGCCUGCUGGUCAAGGGUUAUUGACUGAGCUUAAAGCAACUUACAAUGAAAUAAAUGCCAUUAUUAAAAUUACACAAGAAAAUCUAAACUUUAUUCAGAAAAACAAAGACGAUUUCGGUUUUGCAUUGUCCAAAUCCUCAAAAACUAUUGUUGACCGGAUAGUCAAUGAUAUAUUCCGAGAUGCAUUAACGAAUCGCUUAUACAAACUAGGCAAUGAGACUCUAACACACUAUGAACAGUUGGAGAACCAAUAUAAUGAUAUUGGAAUGUUACGUGAUCAAAUUUCAACUGCUUUAGAUGUUGUUUCCAGAAUAAAAAGCGCAAAUGAACCCCUCGAACUUUUCCAAAAUUUCCUUAACGCCACUAAAUAUUUGAAUAUUUCUGUAUCGCUGACAAAUUUAGACAUCAUUUCGGAAGAUAUAAAUGCGUUGAAUUUUUUUACGACAGUGUCAGAUAGCAACGCAGAUCUACACAUGUUGGUAUUGAAAAUCGAAGCGGAAAAUAUAGUAACAUCAAUAGAAAAUAUGAGCAAAAUUUAUGAAUUUUUAAAUAAUUUGCAAGCAAAUUUAGCUUCAUACAGUGCCCAAAAAUUAAAACAAGAUAACCGUAUCGCGAAUAUAAUGAGAUCAUGCGAAAGCUCAAAGAGUAAAGCACUUAAAGAUGUUGUGGAUCUUGAAAAUAUUGUGAAGGAAAUCGGCACUGAACCGAUUUAUAGAAAAAUCAAAACAUUGAUAUUGAACCAAUUUCAAUUAAAACAUUUAGGAUCUAUUUUUAGUGCGUUUUUAAGUGAACUUGAGUUUUCAUGCCAAUCUUCAUCAAAACCGAUGAUAGUCAAGGGAUAUAAUGUUAGAAUGAGUGAUGUGGUUAAAAUUGAAUGCUGGUCAGAGGCAACAAACAUACAGAUCUUUGCGUUAAACAAGAUUUUUUUCGAUUCUACUAUAGAUAAAUCAGAGAAAGAUCCUCAAUUUUUCAUUAUUGCACCCACAUGGGAAGUCUUUGGUAGACAGAAAAUAGUUUUGGAUGGGAAACCAGGAAUUUCACAUGAAAAAAGUCGGGCCAAAUCGUCUUCUUUUAAUUCGGAAAAUGGUGCGGAUGGUUUGCCAGGACUUCCCGGUGGUCCAGGUGGAAAUUUCUUCGGUCUCGGUGAAGAAUUCGUAAAUGCAGAAUACUUGGAAAUACAGUCAAUUGGUGGCAAAGGGGGACCGGGACAAGAUGGUGGAAAGGGUGCAAAUGGAACUAAAGGCAAGGAAGUACCAAGUUCGUUCUUCGAUUUCAAAGGAGAUUUCGCAGAUAUGAGAAAAUACUUGAACGAAAAUAAUUACCGCUUUACAAAUAGGUCUGUUCCUACAAUUAAUCCUUCCAUCGGUUCUGUAUCUAUGUAUCAUUUCACUGUUUCACCAAAACCGGCAAAAAAUCCUACUGAUGGAGGGAAUGGAGGUGUUGGUGGAAGAGGAGGAUACCCUGGUAAAGUUUUAAUUAACGGUUUUGGUAAAGCGGCCAAUGUGAAAAUAUCAAAUGAUACAGGUCCUGUUGGAGCAGAAGGUCAAGGUGGUCCUGGUGGCGAAAAAACAUCGGAAGGAAGAACAGUGGAAUAUGAUUAUCAAAUUUUGUAUGGAUUCACUAAGUAUACAAGCUUUCAGGGUGUCAAAUGGAAGGAUGGCGAUACAGUUCCAGCUGGAAAAUAUGGAAAACCCGGAAUCAAUAAGAAUGGCGAAAAAUCACGAUCAAAUGCUAUUAUGGCGAAUCCAUACCUGGCAAUUAACGCUUUUAAGGACUUUUUGAGAAUGAAUUUAUUUGAAAAUAUCAAGGAAUCAGAAUUGAGAGCCUUCAUUGACAAUAUCGAUAAUGAUGCCUACAUCACAAAACAAUACAAUACCCUUGCUUUUGUAAAGGAAUACGAAGGAUUAGAGGGUCAAUUCUUUCAAUUGAGAAACAAAAUUGAUUUAGUUCCGUUCUACAAUUCCUUACUUCAUCGCAUUGAGGAAUUCGCUAAAUCUGAAAACAACAUAGAACAUAAGAAAGUUCUCAGUUACGUAUACACUGCUGCUCUAACAAAAGUCUUUACAUUGAAAAGUAAACGACAGAGCAAAACAGUAGUUAAUUUGCCUCUAUAUUUGAGCACUAUUGAAUCCAAUGUCAAGGAAAUUCGUGAGAACCAGCAAUUGGAAAUAGUUCAAAAUUAUCGAAACGAUUACGAAAAUAACUUGCGUACUAAAAUUCAAGAAGCAAAUAAUUUCAUAGAAAAUAAAAUUGAACCUGAAAUUAAUAGUCUUUGGGAAGAAUCAGACAGCAAAAUAAAGGCAAUAAUUGACGAAAUAGAACAAAACAGAAAUUCUACCGAAAAAGCAAUACUAGCCCUAGAGAAUAACAAAGCAGAAAUUCGUAAAAUGAUGUCAAUUCGUUCCGUGCUUAUGCCACUGAAACUUGCUGCUUCUGCUCUCAGUUUUUUCGGACCUGUUGGUGCAAUGGUGGGUGUGGCAGUUACAACUGUAUCUGGAAUAGCUGAUGGAAUGCUUGUUAAUCCAAGUGCGGGCUCAGCUCCUGCUAAAAUUCCCACAAUUGAUCCGAAUCUGAAGUUAAUGUCUCGAGUUACAGAAGUUUUGAAUGACAAACCCAAGUUAGUAGCUGAAAAGCUUUUAGAUGUGGUUGAGAAAUUAGAAAAAAACCGAGACGAUUUAUCAACUUCACAAAGGGAUAAAAUUGAAAUUUCUGAAAAGAUUGGACAACUAAAAGCACAAAUUGAUGAAGUGCAGAAGAGAAAAGCAAAUAGCAUUUCCGAUAUCGAGAUUAGAGAAAAGGAUUUAAGAAGAAUUCAAAAUGAAAUAAAUGAAUUCACGAAUUCAAGAAAAGAUAUUAUAGAAAAAGAGAAAAAAAUAUUAGAUGGACUCAAACCAGAAGAGAAGAACGAAGAAAAAAUAAAAAGAGAGAUGAAACUUGAGAAAUCGAUUCGUCGUAUCAAUCAUGUUCAAUCUGCUUUGAAUAGCGUCGAAAUUGUUUUUAAUAUUAUUCAAAAAUUUAAAAAUGAUGAAGGAAUGAUUAGACAAAUUAAUAAUCAAAUUUCAGAUUAUAGCAAGCAACUGAAAGACUUGGAUAAAUUAGAAGAUCAAGUGUACGACACUGUAAUGCCGGAUCUUCGGCAAAUCGAACAAACUGUCAAUGAGAUUGUGGCUUCGGUGAACGGAUCUUCAGGUGCCAAAUUGGAUCUAACCAAAUGGACUGUUAAAAAAACUCUAAAGGAUGUUAAAUCAAUGCUACACAAGUUCACCCACAAAAUGAGUUUCGAACUCCAGAGUGAUUUAAUGCGUUACAUAGAAAAGAUUGAGGAAGGGUUUUCUAUUCUAAUCGACAUUUAUGAUCGCAUCGAUUCUUACUCGGACAGUGUGAAACAAGCCGAGUAUAUGGCUCACAUUGUUUCAGCACCAAUGAUGAGCAUUCGAGUGACUGAUACUGAACUAAGCCAGGCACUUAUUAACCUAAAACUUUUAAUACAAUCGAAUUUAUUGUUUGAAAAAUACGGCAUAGCAUUACAAGCAUUCAAACAACAUUAUUUUCCUUUUGCUGCUCAUGUUUGGCAGAAAUUUCAACUACCAACAAGUUUGCAGGUCAAAGACGUUGAGACAUUAAGGUCAAAUAUUAUUGAGAGAAUUACAGAUAUGAAAAAUCAUAUUAAUGAAGAUAAAUCGACAUUAAGGGAAUACAGCAAAUUCACUCACAAUAAUAAUAUAUUCAACAGCAAUACUACUGGAUCUUUACCAUUUUUUGUAUGGAAACAUGACACAAUUAACAAUGAACUUAAAAGGUUACUCAAUGGAUCGGAGAUUUUUAUAAAAGCAGAUAUAUCUAAAGGACUGAAUUACAAUUCGAUUAAAUUCAGUGAUAUUGGGUUAAACUUAAAAUUAAAAAAUGAAAGUUUGCAGAAUAGUUUCAACUCUGUGCUUCAAAACUUCGCUUUGACUAUGACUUUAGUUGGUAAUAAUUACUAUCGAUGUGGUGAACGAUAUUAUUUCAUUUCGUUUGAUGAUGAUAUUACAAUAUCUUACACACUUCAGAAGGACGAUACGAAGAAUUGGAUCAAUACUAAUGUGGUCUAUACUACUAUUCGAGAUAGUCACACCUUCCUCAGUCCAUACGGAUUGUGGAAUAUAAAACUCAAAAGCGUUAAUAAAUCUGUUUCUUUCAAUCAAUUGAAGAUUUUCGCAAACGAAUCGAUUGACUUGGAGCUGAUUGGCCGUGGUUAUUACAUUGAACAAGAUCCUGACUUCAAUUUUAACAUUUGCAAUCAAUAUUUGGAUACAUUUUAUAGUGCGGAUAAUAUUGUAAAGGAACUUUCAUGAGUUAUAAAUUCAUGGAAAGAUAAAAUAAAAGAAAAAUUAUAAACAAAUAAA